GACAAAAGUUUUCAUACUUUAAAAGUUUCAACUCGACAUUAUAUGGUAGGUCUGAACACAUAUUUUGAGAUUUGAUAUAAAAAUGUGUACUUUCACUUCUUUGCCAAACACACCAUUACCCCUUCCCAUAUCACCUGCUACGUGGCACCCCUUCCCGCCUCUUGUAUUUCUCUUCCAGCCAAGUCACAUCCAGUCUUCUCUUCCUCCGCCCCUCUCUCGCCCGCCACUGAUCGAUUUCACAGUGAAAAGCAUUCUAUUUACUGUGUACAGUCGAGAGAAAAUGGCGAAUAUUUCGGCGGCUUUCUCGGCGGCCGCGCUAUCUAAGGUGAUAUUCCUCUCGCCCAGCUCCGGUUCCAGAAGAACCCGACUUCCCAUCGCGAAAUUGCGCGGCCGCACAAGGGGGGGUACUGUGGUCCAGUCUGGAGCGCCGGCAGUCCGGAGAGAGGAGGGUGUUGUAUUGGAAGGAAGCGACGGAGAGUUGGCCAUUAAAGUGAACGGGGGUUUGAAUGGGCUCGCAGGUUUGGCCGAGAGGUAUAGCAAUGGGAGCAUCAGGACUGGGAAUCGAAGCUUGGUGAGGGCCACUGAGGUCUUUGAGAAGAAGAAGAAGAAGAAGACUGUGGAGGAGAUUGGGAAAGAGGAGGCUUGGUUUAAGAAGAAAGGGAUAGAUCAAGCCGAGGUAUCAGUUGCUCCUGGUGGUCGGUGGAGUAGAUUUAAAACAUAUUCAACAAUUCAAAGGACACUGGAGAUAUGGGGAUUUAUUUUCACUUUUGCCUUCAAAGCUUGGCUAAACAAUCAGAAGUUCUCUUAUCGGGGAGGGAUGUCAGAAGCGAAGAAAGUUAGUAGGAGGAAGACUCUUGCAAAAUGGUUGAAGGAAAACAUUUUGAGAUUAGGUCCUACUUUCAUCAAGAUUGGUCAGCAGUUUUCCACUAGAGUGGAUAUUCUUGCUCAGGAAUACAUUGAUCAACUGUCAGAACUUCAGGAUCAAGUCCCUCCAUUCCCAUCAGAAAAUGUUGUAUCAAUACUUGAAGAAGAAUUUGGAUCUCCGUUGGAUGAUAUAUUUGACAGAUUUGAUCUUGAACCGAUAGCCGCUGCUAGCCUUGGUCAGGUGCAUCGUGCAAAAUUGAAAGGCCAGGAAGUUGUUGUUAAAGUGCAGAGGCCGGGGCUUAAGGAUCUCUUUGACAUUGACCUUAAAAACUUGAGGGUGAUAGCUGAAUAUCUUCAAAAAAUUGAUCCCAAGUCAGAUGGUGCAAAAAGGGACUGGGUUGCCAUCUAUGAUGAGUGCGCAAAUGUCUUGUAUCAGGAAAUUGACUACAUAAAAGAAGCUUCUAAUGCAGAACUAUUUGCAAAGAACUUUAAAAAUCUGGACUAUGUGAAAGUACCAACAAUAUAUUGGGACUACACGACUACACAGGUCCUCACCAUGGAGUAUGUUCCAGGGAUAAAAAUAAAUAGGAUACAAGCAUUAGAUCAGUUGGGAGUUGAUAGGAAGAGGUUGGGGAGAUAUGCUGUUGAAUCUUAUCUGGAGCAGAUUCUAUCUCAUGGAUUUUUUCAUGCCGAUCCUCAUCCGGGAAAUAUUGCUGUUGAUGAUGUUAAUGGUGGAAGGUUGAUCUUUUAUGAUUUUGGAAUGAUGGGAAGUAUAAGUUCAGAUAUCAGAGAAGGCUUACUAGAAGUAUUUUACGGGGUUUAUGAGAAGGAUCCAGAUAAGCUUCUGCAAGCAAUGAUUCAAAUGGGUGUUCUUGUUCCUACUGGAGAUAUGACAGCUGUCAGGAGAACUGCUCAGUUCUUCCUUAACAGUUUUGAAAAGCGCCUUGCUGAACAGAAGAGAGAGAGGGAGUUGGCAAAAACAGAACUUGGAUUCAAAAAGCCUCUGAGCAAAGAAGAAAAGAUAGCAAAGAGGAAACAACGUUUAGCUGCAAUUGGUGAAGAUCUAUUAUCCAUUGCAGCCGAUCAGCCAUUCCGCUUUCCUGCCACGUUCACUUUUGUUGUCAGAGCAUUUUCAGUGUUGGAUGGCAUUGGUAAAAGUCUCGAUCCACGGUUUGAUAUAUCUGAGAUUUCUAAGCCGUAUGCAAUGGAAUUGCUCAGGUUUCGUGAAGCUGGAGUUGAACUAAUUAUAAGGGACUUAAGGAAGAGAUGGGACAGACAAGCUCGUGCAUUUUCCAACCUGUUUAGGCAGGCUGAUAGGGUUGAGAAGCUUGCAGAAGUUAUCCAAAGAUUGGAGCAAGGUGAUCUGAAACUUCGGGUUAGAGCUUUGGAGUCUGAAAGGGCUUUUCAACGUGUCGCUGCUGUUCAGAAAACCGUGGGAAGUGCAGUUGCAGCCGGAAGCUUAGUUAACCUUGCAACAGUUUUGUACCUUAGUUCUAUAAGAGUGCCUGCUAUGAUUGCAUAUGGCUUAUGCGCUUUCUUCGGCUUCCAAGUUCUGUUUGGCAUUCUCAAAGUUAGAAGUUUAGAUCAACGCGAAAGAUUAAUCACCGGAACUGCUUGAACAAAAAGUCCAUCCAACUAGACGAACACACCGCGGCGGAUGAGAGUAUAUCUUCACGGGGGCCAUUUUUUUAAAUUACCGCUCGCGGAAAUUUUUACUUCCGUAGUUACCGUCUUAUGGUUAAACAUGUCAUUGAAAUUAGUUUGCCCAUUAAACUGACCUUAGCUUGAUGUACAUACUGUAUAAUUUUACAUAGUGGUCUGAAGUUCAUACACAACCCGAAUCUGCCCCAAAUUUGGGGGCAUAAAUUGUGUGUGUAUAAAAAGAUGGGCGAGCCACUUAGUCACUGUUGUGUAUUGUAUUAUUUUGUUCAUUCUUAAACUCAACUUUUGAUUAAAAUGUAGAAAUUUUA